CCACGGGCAGGGACCCCUUCCACUGGAGCAGCUUGCUCCAAGCCCCUGUGUCCAACCUGGCCUUGAACACUGCCAGGGAUGGGGCAGCCACAGCUUCUCUGGGCACCCUGUGCCAGCGCCUCAGCACCCUCACAGGGAAGAGCUUCUGCCUCAGAGCUCAUCUCAUUACAAUGAUGGACGUAGGUACCAACACACCCAGCGCCUCCAUCACCCCCCUCGCACCUUCUGGAUGGGGCAGCCAGCCCCUCCUUGGCUCUGCAGGAGGAGACAGGGACGGGAGCAUCCCAGCCCCAUUCCUGGUGCUCCCGAUGCUCCCCACGAGCCGGCUGCAGGCUCUGACCUGGUGCUGCCGGUGCUUAUCUCCCCCAGCUCCGCCGCCGUGUUCCCGUCGGGAUCGCAUGGUCUGACUCCUUAUAUGGUGAAACUAUUCUUUUCCCAGCUUGGCAUUGUUUAUAGUUGAAAAUAUUUAGGCUCUGGCUGGGUUCUACAAUUACCUUGCAACCUACAGGGCAGAUAAUCACUGUUAGCUAAUGUGCAAUUAGCUGCAUCCUGUCAAAGAAAGGCUUGCUGGCAAGGAGGCGGCGUUCCCAGCCCUCCUUGUGUUCUUCAAGAGCAGGAACCUGUCAGAUCCCAUUUGGAAAUAAACAUUUUUUUCCCCUGUUGGUAAAUUCUGUUUGGCAAAAAAUUGCUGAACCGGGGCCGCUUUUUGUUUUUUUUUCUUUUUUUUUUUUUUUCCCCUGGUGGAAAAUUUAUUUGAAAAGGGGAAAAUGUUUGGAGUUUGUAAGGAGCUGGAAUCAAACCAGGGGCCGGGAGGCAGUUGCAAGUUGGUGCAGCUUCCAGAGUAUCUUUGAUGGGGAUUUAAUGCCUGACAGCCCAUUGAUGGGAGCACCGACCCCAUUCCCUGCUGCCCUGCCUGGCUGCAAGGUCAGUUGUAAAAUCCCACCAGAUCCAACCUGCUUUGGAUGGAGGAAAUGGAAUGGUGCAAGGUAAGGGUGCACUUUGCCUGUGAGGGAAAUGCCAGUGGGGUUCCUUUAUGCUUUGAGAAACCAGGCUGGGCUGCACUGGAUGUUCUGCAUGGCUGAGGUCCCACCAGAAGCCUUGCAGCCGUGCUGGGAUGCUCCAGGCAUCCCAUUCACUUCUUCCUGAGGUUGUCAUGAUUUUGGCUGGGUUGGAUGGAGCUGCCGUGUCCCUGUGCCAGCGGGGAGGGAUUUGGGCUCUGGUUGAGCAUCUGGGUGGGAGGAUGGCCGGGACACCAAAGCACAUCGGGGCUCUCUGAGGAGGAGGAAGGACGAUGGAGCUGGGGCUCCUUACACUGCUCACCACGUCCCAAGGAGGGGAUGUGCAAGGCAAAGAGGUGUCACGGGCUGGGGUGACUUGAGUUUGCCCCUCCUUUUUCCCUUCCACUGUGAUACCAGCCCCUGGUGUGAGGAAACUUGGCCGGAGCGAGGGGAGGUGGAUAUCAUGGAAUGAUUUGGGUUGGAAGGGACCUUAAAGCUCAUCCAGUUCCAACACCUUCCACUAGAGAUCAACCUGCCUGGCCAGGCUGCGUGGCGUGGCUGAGGGCACCCCCUUGUCCCUUUGCCACCACUGGCCCCAGGCCACCCUCACCUGCCGUGGCCAAUUCCCCCUCUGCAGCGCAGCCCUAUCUCCAUGCCUCAGUUUCCCUACAUCAACACUGCUCCAGUCUCAGGAGGGCAGAGGGGAUGAGAUGGAGCCAAGGGGAUGCUGGUGGUCCCAUGGGAGAUGGUCAUCCAGUCCAAGCUGUGGGGAUGCGGGGUGGGAAGAGGGGCCGUGGGUGAAGGCCACGUAAUAAGGAUAUUUGUUUUGCCUGUUUUGCAGAGUUUCAAUGUUCUGACUUGCUCUAAGAUGAAGGUAUGGAAGUUUGCAGCCAUUGCAUCGAUGCUCCUCAGUUCCAUGUUAUCCAUUUUAGUUUGUAGAGACAUGUUCAACGGAAGCCGGAAAUACAGCCCCUUGCCUUCCUCGCCGUCUUCCUCACGGGCAUCAUCCUCCUCUUCAUCCUCUUCCUCCUCCUCCUCGCUGCCGGUGGCUCCCCGGAGAUCCCCACGGGCCCUGCAACGCCACAGCUCGCUGCUCGCCCAAUACAGCAGCCUGCUGGAGAGCUACACGGAGGGGGAGAUCCGGCAGCUGAUCGCGGCGCUGGUGGAGCGCUACAGCCAGGCCAUGAACUCGGGUGGGCACGAGCUGCCGCUGUUCCCGCGCGCCGGCAGCCGCCGCAAGCGCGCCCGCGCUCGCCACAAACCCUGCGAGCUGAAGGAGCUGGAGGUGAGCGUCAGCGAGCUGGGGCUGGGCUACGAGUCGGAUGAGACGGUGCUGUUCCGGUACUGCAGCGGCACCUGCGAGGCGGCCGUGCGCAGCUACGACCUCUCGCUGAAGAGCAUGAGGAGCAAGAGGAGGAUCAAGAAGGAGAAGGUCCGGGCGCGACCCUGCUGCCGGCCGCUGGCUUACGACGACGACGUCUCCUUCCUGGAUGCCUACAACCGCUACUACACCGUCAACGAGCUCUCGGCCAAGGAGUGCGGCUGCGUGUGAAGGGCCGGGGUCCCCUCGUAAGGAACAGGAGGGAGAGGUGAUGCCCCGGCCCUGGAACCUCGCUGGUCACCAGGCAGAGGGACCGGGCACAAGGAUAAGCCCAGACCUCCCCGUGCGGGAGGAGAGACUGAGCUGCUGGUGCGUCCCUUGGCACCGCACAGGACUAGAGACGUGGCUGGGGGUGCCGGUGGAGGCUGCUGUUGUUGGAGUGGUGAUGGGUGCUUGCGGCUGUUGUCCCACCCCAUGGCGGUGGCCAUGGGGUCCCUGUCAGCCUCCCCGGAGGGUGACGGUGGGCGCACAACACACGCAGGGCAUGUUCGACACGUUGAGGUUGUGUUACAGGCAGAGGGGGUGUUGCAGAGCGGGUGUCCCCCUCCCGUGGCAGAGGUGAUGGGGCACACUGGGCAGCGUGUUUGUUCGCACGGGGGGGUGUUGUGCGGGUGUUGCUGCAUAUGGCGUGGUGCUGGUGGUGCAUGGUGCUGGUCGGGGUGUGCUGCGUGCCCAGUGUGUGUUACGGGGUGCAUUAGAUGGCUGUAUGUGCCCGUGCUGCCCCAGGACAGGGCUGAGCCCUGCAGGUCCCUGCAUUCCCAGGGGCAGUUUUGUCACCCCAGGUCCCUGUGUUUGGGGUCAGAGAUGCCCUGGCACUGGCUGGUGCUGGGGGGGGGAAGGCUCUGGCUCCGCUCCCCACCGAUGCCCCCUUCACCAUCACCUCCACACCGCAGCCCUGGGCUUUUCUUUUUAAAGCUCACGCUGAUCUGAAGUAACUGGAUUAACCUCGAGCCCGGGCAGCUGGGCUGGAGCCCUGCCACCACCCUGCCGGUGACAGAGCCUCGAGAGGCCACCGGUGCAGGAGCAUCCCUGGUUCGGCAUCACGCAGAGCCGGACCGGGCUCUCCCGGCUAUGGCACGUGAGUAUUGCCCAUCGGUGGGGCUGGAAUCCUGCGGGAGAGGGGGCUCAUCCCGGGCUUUGGCUCCGGUUCACAUUUACAGCAGUGUCACUCUUGUUUACUCUGCGGAGAAAUAAAUGAGACCGCAGACUUUGGCGUCCUCGGGGCAGGCUAUAUUUGCUGCCUGGGAUUGAUGGGCUUUCUCCCCUUGGCCCUCUUCCCAGAAAAAGCAAAUCAUAAACAGAAGGAGAAUAUUGGUGUCAUGUCCUGGGCAUUAACCAACAUGAGGGAAAAGGGCUCUGCUUGCCACCCCCUGAUCGCAGCAGUGUCCCAGCUCCUCCACCCGGCUAAAUGGGACUCAAUGGCCCAUCUGCCUCCAUCCUGGCGCAGCAGUGAUGAGGAGGAGUCCUCAUAUAGGUGACCACAGCAGCCGAGGGAGCAGAGUGGGGUGGGAGACAGCUCUCCCUGCGACCCCAACCUCUGCAAGGGGCCGGGCUGGUGGGUUUGAUCUUCCUUCUUCAUCCCAACGCAGCUCUUGGCUGAGCAGAGCCAGGAUGUAGUGAGGCAACAUAAACAGCAUCCUUCAGCAGGGCUGGCUGCGCACCCAGCACCCCUGGGAAAGCAGCCUGUGCUCCCUAACACAGCGUUUUCCUGCUGGGGAAGGGAGAAGGCAGCCACAGGCAUGGGGAGCAUCCGUGCUGGGGAGCCAACAAGGGCUGGUGAUUCUGUACCACGGGGAUGCGAACGCUGCUGAGAGCAGACAAGCGUGGUCCAUGCCGCAAGGGAGAGUUUGCACCACAGGGCUUGCAGGGAAAGGAAGAAGCUGGCCCAAGGAGCAGUGGGAGAAGGAUGGGGACAGCCAUUGGCUCGCUAUUGGCUUUGACAGAGUAAAUGCACCCAAAUGUACUAAUCCUGACUGCGCUCUCAAGGGCCUGGGUGCUUUCCAGUUCUCACUACUAUAAAACUAAAAUUAGUUCUGUUGUAGUAGGAAAAAACCCAAAAGGAGCUAGGGCAAUAAAGCAAGGGAAGGUGUUGCAGAAGCAAAGCAGGGCCCAGUGCUGCAGGAGCAGGGUUUGCAGCCCGGCUGCCUGGAGUUUUCUUACCCGGAGCACAGGGAGGUGGCUGGGAGACUUUGGAGCCUUUGCUUGGGGAAUGGA